AUGUCUGGAGAUCACCCUGCACCAGAUGCUGAAUUGCAGAUAGAUCAGCCUAGUGCCAGCCUCAAUGGAAGCCAGCAAGAUCGACGAGUUAAGAGCGAAGACAAUGGAAGCGCGGAAAGUGUAGGAUCUACUCCUCAAGGUUCUAAUGGAGGACCAACAAUAACAGUUUCCGAUGCCGAUGCGACCUCUCCGAAGUCCUCUGUCGAGGACAUUCAGAAGCCAAACGACGUCAGAGAAACAGGGGGUCUUCCACAUAAUGGACUCUCAUCUGAGGCGAGAGACGACGCAGAGGACUCGGAGACCUCGGGGCAAAGGUUGACAGAUACCGAUCAGCCGGAUACACCUCGUGAAGUCGAUGUGCAGGCAAGACGACCUACAGAUAAUGUGGCACGUCGGAGAUCGGAUUCGCAUGCUACAACUCGAUCGCUGCCGGUCAGCUCGACCGUCUUCGUGGUCAGUGCCCUAGAGAAAAUUAAUGCAUCAAAGGAGGUACGAAAGAGCAAGGACUUUGGCGAUGCUGUCCAGGCUGCUUUGGCCAAUAUCAGGAACACCGAGCAACAGAUCAAUCCUGAACUCAUCUUUCGACCUCUACAAAUGGCUACUAAGUCCUACAACAUCCAGCUUCAGGUGACUGCUUUAGACUGCAUCGGCAAAUUAAUCAGCUAUUCCUACUUCGCCUUCCCAACUCCGGCAUCAGCUCCUCCAGUACCUACAGACACGCCUCCUCUCAUAGAACGGGCGAUCGAAGCCAUUUGUGACACAUUCGAAAAUGAAGCCACUGCCGUCGAGAUCCAGCAACAAAUAGUCAAGUCUCUCUUAGCUGCGGUCUUGGAUGAUAAAAUCGUUGUCCAUGGUGCUGGUCUGCUGAAAGCUGUGAGGCAGAUCUACAACAUUUUCAUCUACUCAAAGUCUAGUCAGAACCAGCAAAUCGCCCAGGGCUCGCUUACGCAGAUGGUUGCCACUGUUUUCGAAAGGAUACGCGUGCGUUUGGAUCUCAAAGAUCUACGCUCCAAGAAUGCAGCCACAACAUCUGCCGAUAGUUUGUCUGGCCGAGCUUCCACAGCUGGAGAAGCCGACCUGAACGGUGACGAUGAGGACAGAGAAGUCCCUAUUUCGUCCUCGCCACCUUCAAUAGAAACGAAUGCAACACCAGCCGAGCAAAGGAUGACAUUACAGGAUUUCGAGACCAAUAAAACCUUGGACGAGUCUGUUUUGGCAGAUACUGCUCCAACCACAGUCACACGCGCCAGACGUGAUCGAAAAGGCACUAGAGUCAACUCGGUGCCCACUUCACGUAACAGUCUGCAGGAGGAUCGAGAAGAUCUGGAUAUGAGCACUGAAGACGAAGACGACAUCUACCUCAGAGACGCCUUCCUAGUGUUCCGGUCUUUAUGCAAGCUGAGUCAGAAACAGUUGAGCUACGACCAACAGCAGGAUUUAAGAGCUCAAAGUAUGCGUUCUAAACUGCUUUCAUUGCAUCUGAUACAUCACGUCUUGAACAACUACAUGACAGUCUUCACCUCUCCCUAUUCAGCUUUAAAAGGAGGAAAUGAGGGAGAGGACGUACCGUUUGUACAAAUUGCGAAACCGCACCUUUGCCUCAGUUUGUCCAGGAAUGCAGCCAGCUCUGUACCCCGUAUCUAUGAGGUCUGCUGCGAGAUCUUCUGGCUCUCUCUGAAGGAGCUGAGAGUAGCCUUGAAGAAGGAACUUGAGGUCUUCUGGAAAGAGGUAUAUUUAUCUGUCCUCGACAAAAGAAGUGCUCCUAUGUUUCAGAAGCAGAUGAUUAUGGAUGUGCUUGAAAGAUUAUCUCGUGACGCUAGAGCGCUAGUAGAGAUAUACUUGAAUUACGAUUGUGACCGCACAGCUCUGGACAAUAUGUACCAAGAGAUUAUUGAACACCUCUCCCGGUAUUGCAGCAAUCCGAUCGCGGUCACCCCACAGCAACAAAAUCUUUAUCAAGAGCAGCACAACAAAGCCACUGCCACUGAGUGGCACAACAAGGGCAAUCUGUUCCCUAGUCUAGCCACAGCCAAUGUUGUACCAGCACCUCAGCCACCGCCAGUCAUACCUGCAGAGUAUGGCCUCAAGCAACAGGCUCUGAGAAGUCUUGUAGAAAUACUCAGCUCGCUGGACAGCUGGUCUUCCACUGAUACGUCAAAUGGAUCUGGUUAUGCUGCAUCCCAUAUCUCCAAAGACGAUGCUCGUGACUCAAUGGAUCAUCCGGGCCCUAUACCACCUUCACCACAGAUCGUAAGCGGCUUCUCUGAUUCUGGCGCUUCUACACCAGUAUUGGAGGAUGACCCUAAUGAGAUCGAGAAAGUCAGGAAGCGUAAAACAGCAUUGAACGAAGCGAUCAGAACGUUCAACUUCAAGCCCAAGCGUGGUGUUAAAGCACUUAUUGAUCAUGGCUUCAUCCGUAGUGCCACACCCUCGGAUGUUGCACAAUUCCUGAUAUCGAAUGAGCGCUUAGAUAAGGCAAUGUUAGGCGAGUACAUGGGAGAAGGUGACGAUUACAAUGUGGCGGUAAUGCAUGCAUUCGUGGAUACCAUGGACUUUACCAAACGGCGUUUUGUUGACGCUCUUAGACAGUUUCUCCAAAGUUUCCGACUGCCUGGUGAGGCUCAGAAGAUUGAUCGGUUUAUGCUCAAAUUCGCAGAGAGGUACCUGACUGGAAAUCCCAAUGCUUUUGCUAAUGCGGAUACUGCAUACGUCCUUGCAUACUCCGUUAUCAUGCUCAAUACGGAUCAACAUAGUGUCAAGAUGAAAGGCAGACGCAUGACACCUGAAGACUUCAUUAAGAACAACAGGGGAAUCAACGAUGGCCAAGACCUACCACCGGAAUAUCUGACAAGCAUUUACGAAGAGAUCGCAAGCAACGAGAUUGUGUUGAGUUCAGAGCGCGAGCACGCCGAAGACCUAGGCAUACAGACUUCUGCACCGGCAGCAGGAUUAGCUUCUCGUACAGGUCAAGCCCUCGUCAAUUUUGGUCGUGAUUUGCAAGCAGAACGCCAGACAGUCGAAGCAGACAAGAUGGCGACUCGCACAGAACAACUAUUUAGGACUCUAGUCAGGGCGCAAAAGAAAUCUGCCGUCCGAGAGGCUCUGUCACGUUUCGUGCCCGCAUCGAACACUCGGUAUGUAGGUCCCAUGUUCGCAGAGUCGUGGAUGUCGUUCUUGUCUGCUUUCUCGAGUCAGAUGCAAGACGCUCAGAACACAGAACUUAUACAACAGUGUCUCGAUGGCUUACGCUUAGCGAUUCGAAUAACCUGUCGCUUCGACCUCGACACACCAAGAACAGCAUUCGUGACCACGCUAGCGAAGUUUACCAACCUUGGCAAUAUCAAAGAGAUGACGGCUAAGAAUCUGCAAGCUCUCCGCAUACUUAUCGAGGUCGCUACUACCGAAGGCGACUUGCUGAAAGGGGCAUGGCGAGAGAUCCUGACAUGUGUCAGUCAGCUAGAUCGGCUUCAGCUCUUGUCGACUGGAGUUGAUGAGGGUGCGCUUCCCGACAUGACAAGAGCUUCGAUUCCAACGCCUUCCAACCUCAAGGAGACAAGUAGAGGUAGAAGGUCGAUGCAGAUGUCCAAGAGACCAGGGGCUCGGUCCACGAACAGUUUUAGACCCGAGGUCGCCGACGAAACGAAGUCAUCAGAUAUGGUUCGAGGCGUUGAUCAGAUAUUCACGAACACAGCCAAGCUGUCUGCUAGUGGCAUCGUCGACUUUGUACAAGCGCUUACCGAUGUCAGCUGGCAAGAGAUUCAGUCAUCUGGCAACUCUGACUCGCCGCGGAUGUACAGCUUACAAAAGCUGGUCGAAAUAAGCUACUACAACAUGACAAGGGUACGAAUUGAAUGGUCUAGGAUCUGGGAUGUGCUUGGUGAUCAUUUCAACCAGGUUGGAUGCCACAACAACACAGCCGUUGUGUUCUUCGCGCUCGAUUCUCUAAGACAACUAUCAAUGAGAUUUCUGGAGCUCGAAGAACUGCCGGGCUUCAAAUUUCAAAAAGAUUUCUUGAAGCCAUUCGAGUACGUUAUGGCAAACAACCCAGCUGUGACAGUCAAAGAUAUGGUUCUACGAUGUCUAAUCCAGAUGAUUCAAGCUCGUGGCGACAAUAUUCGUUCUGGGUGGAAAACAAUGUUCGGAGUUUUCACAGUUGCGGCAGCAGAACAAUACGAAGCGAUUGUUAACAUAGCCUUUGACUAUACGACGCAAAUAUACAACGCUAGGUUUGCUGUUGUUAUUACCCAAGGAUCUUUCCCCGACCUUAUCCAAUGCCUUAAGGAGUUUUCGAAGAAUCUCAGAUUUCAGAAGAAAUCGUUGCAGGCAAUGGAGUUACUCAAGUCAACAGUACCAAAAAUGUUGAGGACACCUGAAUGUCCCUUAUCGCGCAGGCAUAUGAAAGCUUCGGGGUCUUCAGUGGACGGCAUUACGUUCGGGGUGAGGCAGCCAAGUGCACAAACAGAGGAAGAACAAUUCUGGUAUCCAGUUCUCUUGGCAUACCAAGACGUCCUGAUGACGGGCGAAGACCUGGAAGUGCGAUCUCGAUCGCUAAACUAUCUGUUCGAAACACUGACAAGAUAUGGAGGAGACUUUCCCAAAGACUUUUGGGAGACAUUAUGGCGGCAGGUGUUAUACCCUAUCUUCGUUGUUCUGCAAUCUAAAUCGGAAAUGUCCAAAGCACCCAAUCACGAAGAAUUGUCGGUGUGGCUAUCCACGACGAUGAUACAGGCGUUGCGCAACAUGAUCUCACUCUUUACGCAUUACUUCGAGUCGUUGGAGCACAUGCUGGAUCGAUUCCUCGAACUCCUGAGCUUGUGCAUCUGCCAAGAGAACGAUACUAUUGCUCGAAUUGGCAGCAAUUGCUUGCAGCAGUUGAUCUUGCAGAACGUGGGGAGAUUUACUCCCGACCACUGGGCACGGACGGUGGGAGCAUUUGUAGAGCUCUUUAACCGCACUACGGCGUACGAGCUCUUCUCAGCAGCGGCAACGAUGUCUGAAGCCAGGCCGACAGUCACAGACACAAGUGAUGGCUUGUCCAUUGCGUCGACGGCGUUAGAUCAGACAAUGCCAGAACAAGCUAUAACGAACGGCGAUCAUAGCAACGCGCCAGAUGUGACAGCAGCAGAAGCGACACAAGGUGAACUCGAGGAUUACAAGCCUCAAACAGGCAUGCAAACACCCGCGCCAGUAGUGACUGCAGCGCGACGGCGAUUUUUCAACAAGAUAAUUACCAAUUGUGUACUGCAGCUAUUAAUGAUCGAAACAGUGGCAGAGUUGUUCAGCAACGAUAGCGUAUAUGCUCAGAUACCGUCGAAGGAACUGCUGCGGCUGAUGAGUCUGCUCAAAAAGUCGUAUCAAUUUGCCAAAAAGUUUAACGGAGACAAGGAGUUGAGGAUGGCAUUAUGGCGACAGGGAUUCAUGAGACAGCCGCCAAAUCUGCUUAAGCAGGAAUCUGGAUCGGCUAACACGUACGUUGGCAUUCUGAUGCGGAUGUAUCACGAUGAAGGUGAAGAGAGGAGAAUGGCUCGAGCUGAGACGGAAGGAGCUCUGAUCCCUCUCUGUGCCGACAUCAUUCGCAAUUUUACACAGCUCGACGAUGAGACUCAGCAACGUAAUAUCGUAGCGUGGCGGCCGGUAGUGAUAGAUGUGAUCGAAGGGUAUACGAAUUUCCAGAUGGACGCGUACAACAAGCAUCUGGAAACAUUCUAUCCGCUUGUUAUAGCACUGUUAGAAAAGGAGGUUACCAACGACCUUCGUGGCGCAAUAUGGGGGUUCCUAAGGAGAACUGGGGAGUGCAGAUUUGGGAUGGCUGAAUUUGUGCCCACUAGGGCACGAGAAGGUAGCUUUACCAGUGACAGAGGCGGAGUGCCACCAGUCAGCCCAGGACCUGUACAGCGAAGGGCUAGUCGAGUGAGUAACCGCUAG